UUUUUAUUCUUCUUAGGUCGUCCUGGCGUGGAUUACCCCAUUCUCUCCGCUAUACCUUACACGAAUUUCUACUGUGACGAACAGGCAUAUCCGGGCUUUUUUGCCGACAUGGAAACCAGAUGUCAAGGUUGGCAUUACUGCGACAUCGAUGGUCGACAAGCGUCUUUUCUCUGCCCGAAUGGCACACAAUUUUCGCAGGCAGUUUUCGUAUGCGAUUGGUGGUUCAAUGUACGUUGCGAUCUAUCGCCGCGUCUGUACGCCAUCAACGCACGACUCUACCAGCGUCCCAAGGUGAAUCCGACACGACCACAUCGCAUCAUUACAAAAGAGUUGGUCGAUGAUAUUUUCAAUUGAAGGCAUGAAGAGCUACAGAUAUAUGUAUGAUUUGUAGGAUUAUGGCAUGGAGCAGAUGUGAAAAAUACAUAAUUUUGGGCUAUGAGGGUUAUCUAAAA